AUGGAAUCGUCGAGUGAGCUCGAUAGGCUGCACUUUUUCGAGCAAGCUUGUAAAAUUUCCGAAGCUACUUAUGCUUCCAAUCCUCUCGAUGCCGACAACUUAAUAAGAUGGGCUGGAGCUUUACUUGAGUUGUGUCAAUUUCAAAGCAUUCCAGAUUCACAGAAAAUGAUUCAAGAUGCUAUUUCGAAGCUAGAGGAGGCUCUGUCGAUUAACCCUAAGAAGCAUAAUGCUUUAUGGUGUUUGGGAAAUGCUCAGACUUCUUUUGCAUUUUUGACUAACAAGGAAGAUGAGGCCGGGCCUUACUUCGAAAAGGCAGCUCAAUAUUUCCAGCAAUUAGUUGAUGAGGAUCCCAGCAAUGAAAUUUACAUGAAAUCUUUGGAAAUAUCUGCUAAGGUAGGUCUCUCUCCAUACUUGCAAAGGCAGUAG